CUGCGAUACGAUGGCCUCUUUGACGCGAGGGUGACCAUGUCCAACAGCGGAAACACCAGCACCGCUGGUGGCAUCGAGGAUUUUCUGUCCACUUUCCAACGUCGACCAUAUACCAGAGCCCCCUGGGACGGUCAUGGGUGGGAAGGCAUUGACGCUGGGAGCUUUGAGUUUGGGGCUGCUGGAUCUACUGGUCAUAUAAAUACCUCGCUAGACCUGCUACAUGCCCCAGUAGACGACGCGACG